AUGUUGAAGCUGGCCAGGAAAACAAAGGGCGGAGAGGCGGUCACACCAGAAGCAAGCAAGAAUAUGCGCACAAUAUCGUCCCUCGCCGAGCGUGCGCUCCAACAGGACCUCACAUCACGCCCCUUGCCACUAACAUUCGACUACCUCACCCCACAGGCCUCGCAUCUCUUGAAUCUCUCGCUACUCGAAGUGCUGCCUCCUGGGUCUUUUGGUUCAUUGGGAGACAGUAAAGAUCCAAGAAGAUUACCCUCAAUACGAGACCAACACCGUCUAUUGCCGGGCCAUCAUUUGGUGUACUUCCCUCCCCAGGUUACUUUAUCCGAGUUAUUACGAGAUGGUACCGAUACCUUGCAUGAUCCUGGGGAACCAUUUCACCGCCGGCUGUGGGCUGGCGGAAGCGUCACCUUCCCCAUUUCUGGCUCUUUGAAACUCGACGGUCAGCGAGCUGUCUGCGUCGAGAAAAUACGUGAUGUGAAUGUCAAAGGGCAAGAUGGGGAUGAGAUGGUCUUUGUUACAAUCGAGCGCCGCUUUACUACGGUAUCUGAAGACGAAGAUGAAUCCCAACUUCGAGCUAAGGUCUCGAAUAGCCCCGAUGUUCUCAUCGAGACACGGGAUCUGGUGUUUUUGCGGGAACCUGAUUUGGCAUCUCAUCCAGCUGCGCGAGAAAAACGGAUUCCCGCAGACCCUGACAUCAGCCAAAGAUUGACCCCUAAUAAGGCUUUACUCUUUCGGUUUUCUGCACUCACUUUCAAUGCUCACCUGAUUCACCUUGACCAGUCAUACACAAAAAACAUUGAAGGCCACGAUGAUCUUCUUGUCCACGGGCCACUCUCCUUGGUCUUGAUGCUCAGCGUCCUUUCUAGUCAUCUGGCAACGAGCGGGCUCUCGAUUCGCAAAUUUGAAUAUAAGAACCUGGCACCUCUUCAUGUUGACCAGGAGAUGCGGGUUUGCGCCAAAGCAAAAAACAAUACCGAAGCGGGUGACUGGGGAGUGUGGAUUGAAGGACCUUCCGGUGGAUUGGCAGUGAGAGGAACAGCAUGGCCCUUAAAUGCCAGGUAA